AUGAAUGGAACGCAAAGCAGUGCCUUCUCACUAGGCGCGCUCGCCACAUCAGCGGCGAAAUUUAUCGCGCCCAACAGUUUGCAGUACAAUGAGCAUGAGUUUCAACGAUCGCCGAAGGAUGCGCAAGAUGCAGCGCGAGAAGCAGCCAGGCUCGUUCAGCCAGGCGACCUGAUUUUCAUGACCACGAGCGGACUGGUAUAUUCGUUGGGGAGAUCUCUUACUGAUAACGCAUACGACCAUGUGGUAGUUGUGCUGGAUGAAUGUACGGUGCUCCAUGUGGGGAUGCCAUCUGUAAAGUUGAUGCCUUUGGAGCGCCUAUUGCUUCCUCAAAGACAGCCUGUGGUUCAACGCGUCCAAAUGUUAAAAGAGGAAUUACAAUUAUUUCUUCGAUGUGCGAGACAAUUGGUCGGCUGCAAAUAUGAUGGUGCGAGGGCAUACAAGUUGAUGCUUCGGCUGAUUCUAAAGCGCAUGUUUGGUAUAGCACCUUUACCACGAUUGCCCCUUGACGUUAAAAGCAACGCCUGGAUCUGCAGCGAUUCUAUCAUUGUCUUGCUAGCAGGUUGCUGCAAGAGAUUCCGAGAGUCAUUGAUGAAGGCGAAGCAGGAAACUAAGCUGGACAUAUUCACGCUUGGUAGUGCGUCGCUGGCUGAUUUUGAACGUCUCCACCGCGUGCAGCCUGACAUCAUCUCUCGUGUACCGCUGCCAGUUGUCAACUACACUCUUGUGCCGCGCAAGUGCUCGUGGCAGGCGUACAUUCCGGAGGUCAUUCGAUUUGCACAAAGUGUGCACGACAGAAAUUGGCCUUUGCUGGCGCCGCGAAUAUUUUCCGAAGUGCGAGCGAUUGCAGCCAGCCUACCGCCGAAGUCAUGGCUUCUAGAGGAGAAAGUUCAAGUUCUGGGCUACGUGGUGGUGCUUCUCUUUUUGCUCCGACGAGGUAUUACUGUUAAGCGAGUACUGAUGCGGGCUAUCGAAGUUCUUAUGUUGCGACAUGAUCUUUCAUUUUUGUUGAAAUUUGGUGGAAUUUCGACAGAGGAACAUGGCGACAGCAGCACAGUCGACUUUCAUCCUGGCGGCUCGCUUGCGAUAUCGACGGCCUACAAAGAUGCGGAACGCAUCGCGGCGUUCAUUCGCGAGCACGCUUCUCGGCUUAAGCAGCUCGUCUUCACACUAGACUCGCAUCAACGCUACCACAUUGCCCACGGAAUUUUCUGGCAGGAUGCAGAUGGAGAAUCGCCCAAGCCGUUUACUCAUAUCUCAUCCAAUGAUGUCGCAUCAGGUGUGUGGACGCCACGUGACCCAAAGCUAAAGCAUUACGUACUCGCCUACACUACGGCGCUCGAGGCUAGCGGAAAAUUCACGCUAUGCAUUUGGCCUGAGCACUGCCUAAUUGGCUCGCCUGGUCAUAAUAUCGUGCCAAAUGUGCUUUCAGCGGCGAUGGAAUGGACUCAGAUGUCGCGUAUGCCCGUGCAGUUCGUAAUGAAAGGCAGCAACUCUUUUACGGAACACUACUCGGCACUUAAAGCGGAGUUUGAGCUGCCGCAUGAUCCCACAACAAGGUUGAAUCAGGCUCUGAUUGACACAUUGAAGCUUGCUGACAAAGUGAUUGUUUGUGGGGAGGCAAUCUCCCACUGCGUUAACUACACUGUUCGCGACUUGGUCGCCGUGUGGCCUAAGGAGCGACGCCAUGACUUAGUAAUAUUGACUGACUGCUCGUCCCCCGUACCAGGUUUUGAAAAGGAUGGCGAGGAUUUUUUGAGUGAUAUGGCCGCAAAGGGACUUACCCUCAUUUCUUCGGACAAAUUCACGCUGUAA